AGCCGUUUUGGCUCAAGCAGUGUUGUCGGGCCCAGGCGACCGCGUGCCGCCUUCUGGCCGAGGAGGGGCGAGGGGGCCUCUUCGCCAGAGGCCAGAUGGCUGCGGGAGCGAUGGCGGCAGGGAGGCGGCGGGGAGAGGUAGACGGAGGCGGCAUCGGCAGAACUCUCACAGAGGAGAUGGUGUUCAUGCGCACGAAGUGCAAUCGCUUGGAUCUAAUCAAGCACCUCAACUUGUGGGGCAACGAUCUUCAGAACAUCAGUGUGAUCCGGCACAUGCCGAACCUCGAGGUGCUGAGCUUGAGCGUCAAUAGAGUCGACACGCUGAACGACCUGCGCGGUUGCCCCAGGCUCGCCGAGCUAUACCUCAGGAAGAACAACGUCCAGGAUUUGGCGGAGGUGCAGUAUUUGUGCAACCUCCGGCACCUCAGAGUGCUGUGGCUCAGCGACAACCCUUGCGCCAGCCUGCCCCACUACCGGAUGUACAUCCUGCAGCGCCUGCCCAGCCUGGGGAAGCUCGACUCGCAGGAGGUGACCGCCGACGAGCGGCGGGAGGCGCAGUGCGCGCACCUCGCAGACUUCCCGACCCGCGUGGACGACAGCGAGUCCCCAGGGGAGGAAGGCUACCCCGCCGUGGAGGCCUCCGACGAGUCCCCCGGGCGGGCCGACAGCUCGCGAGCGCAACCGCGCGCCGGCGCCGGCGGCGCGCCCGGAAGCUCGCCGCAGCACGGCGAGCGGCGACCUUCCGCGGCGCGCGAGGAGACGCCGUCUGCGUUCGGCGAGGCGUCCCGGGCCUCCCGGCACUCGGCGUGCAGCUUCCACCUCCAGGAGUCUUCGCCGGCCAGGCACUGGGUUGCCGCCACCGCAGCCUCCUCGCGCGGCAGCGGCGAGGCUCCGCCCGGCGGCGCGGCCGCAGCCAGAGGCCCGCCCGCGCGCGAGGGAGCCGACGGGGCCUCCGACGAGGAAGCGCCGAGCAGCGAAGGCGAGCACUGGGCGGCGAGUCAGGGGCGCGGCCAGUACCUGGACUCCGGCGGCGAGCUUGACCGCCCAGACCGCGUGCCGGAAAGGGCGCACCAGGCGUGGCCCCGCGCGGACUCGCCGGGCAUGCCGGUGGCACGCAGGAGCAGCGUGGACGACCGGCGAGAGGGCGGCCAGCGCCGCGUGCAGCGCGCCGCCUCGGGCGCGCGCGAGGGCACUGCGACAGGGAUCGGGCGGGGCACGGAUCGGGGCAGCGCCGCCAGAGGUGCCGCCACGCCGUCGGGAAGCGCCGGGGCCCCCGCCAGGGCCGACAACGUGCUCUGCGCGGUCCUGGCACUCGUCAAGGAGCUCGACGGCCAGGGGCUGGAGCUCGUGCGCCGCGCGGUCGAUCAGCGCCUGUUCGAGGCAUGAGGCGCCGAGCUGCUCCCGCGUUUCGCAGGACACGGAAUGGAGGCCUGAGCACCUCGCUCGCACGUUCAGCGGCGCUGGGCUUCACAAGCCUGGGCAAUAAUAAUCUGCCAGCAUAGGUUGUGUCCUUCCUCCUGGGGUGUCCCUUCCCCUUUUUCCUCGCAGUGUCGCGUGGAGGCGACCUGUGCACCAACCAUGUUGGACAACAGUUGCGGGCGUGGGGCUCUGGUGUCGACAGUGAUUCCAACAUCCAGCAGGUAUUCAGGGGUCGGUCACAGUGGAUCAGCGGAAAGGGGAAGAGGAACCCAGGUAGGAUGAUGAAUUCGCCGGAUAGCAUGCUGUGACCGUGAGGCAUUUGAUCUCUCUGCAGCUCCGUCGAGGCGCUGUGGACACAGGAGCCUUACACGAAGCAUAGACCAGCUGCUCUCCCCCCGCAAAAAAAGAAGGGCGGAGGAGCAGGACGAGAAAGCGGG